GGGAGCGGCGCUGGCGCCGGUCGCGGGCUUUGUUCGUCUGCGUGUGCGCCGCCGCCUGCCUCCCUCCCUGUCUGCCUCCCUCGCCCGGCCGCCCCGCCGGAGAGCCGGCCGGGCCCCGUGCCCGCAGAGGCCGCGGGGCGGGGAAGCAGCGGGCUCCGCUUGUCUCCGUGCUUCGCCGCGGCGCCCGCCCCGCGCUCGGCGGCGCUGAGCCGGGUGCGGAGCGGCGGCGGCGCCAUGGCCGGCGGGGCCGCGGCCGAGCUCUCCGAGGCGGGCUGGUAUCUUUCAGAUGAAGGAGUUGAAGCUUGCAUAAGUUCCUCUGAAAAAGUCAAUACAAAUGACAUUAUCCUAGUUGCCCUUAAUACAGAUUUAAGAACCAUUGGCAAGAAAUUCCUCCCCAGUGACAUCAAUGGUGGAAAGGUAGAAAAGCUGCAAGGGCCAUGCGUUCUGCAGAUACAAAAAAUACGCAAUGUUGCUGCACCAAAGGAUAAUGAAGAAUCUCAGGCUGCUCCCAGAAUGUUGCGUUUGCAGAUGACUGAUGGACACACAAGCUGCACAGCUAUAGAAUAUGCUAGCAUAUCAAAAAUAAGCCUGAACACUCCACCUGGAACAAAAAUUAAGCUUUCAGGAAUUGUUGAAGUGAAAAAUGGAUUUUUGCUUUUGGAUGACAGUAACACUGCAGUUCUCGGAGGUGAAGUGGAGCAUCUUAUAGAAAAGUGGGAAUUACAAAGGAGUUUAGCAAAACACAGUAGAAGUAACAUUGGAACAGAAGGUGGUCCUCCUCCUUUUGUGCCUUUUGGGCAGAAAUGUGUGUCUCAUGUACAAGUGGAUAGCAGAGAGCUUGAUCGCAGGAAGACUCUGCAAGUGACAAAUACUGCAAAGCCGGUUGCUGACAAUGAUGAAUUUGAAAAGCAGAGAACAGCUGCCAUCGCAGAAGUAGCAAAGAGCAAGGAGACCAAGACGUUCGGAGGAGGUGGUGGUAAUAGCAGAAGUAAUCUCAGUGUGAGUGCUGGAGGGAAUCGAAACAGGGAACUGUUCCAGAAAGAGAAGACUGCAAAACCUGAGGGGAAAAAUGAAGGUGUCUACCGAGAACUGGUUGAUGAAAAGGCUCUAAAACACAUAACAGAGAUGGGUUUCAGCAAAGAAGCAGCAAGACAGGCCCUUAUGGAUAACAGUAACAGUCUAGAGGCGGCAUUAAAUUUUCUUCUGAAUGGCAGUAAACAGAAACCCAUUCAGGGACCACCACCUAGAGGUAAAGGAAAGGGCCGAGGACGAAUAAGACCUGAGGAUGAAGAAGAGCUAGGAAAUGCCAGACCAUCUGCACCAAGCACAUUGUUUGAUUUCUUAGAAUCCAAAAUGGGUACUCUAACCAUAGAGGAACCAAAAUUGCAGUUUCAGCCACCACAUCAAGUACAACACAAAGUUCUGAAUACAGAGCAGAAUGGCAUCAAAGAGAACCAUUCGAGACAUAUUUCUCGCAAUGACAUGAGACAACCAAGAAAUGAGAAACCCCCUCGCUUUCAAAGAGAUAUUCAGUAUUCAAGGCAGGCUUUGGAAGGUGGUGGGUUACAAAGAAAUAGAGGUCCUGAAAGGCACAUCUCUUCAGAACAGUGGACAGAUGAAAAAAAUAAAAAUGACAGACAUUAUCCUAGAAAUGACAGGCCAAAGGAUUUGGGUUAUUCCACAGCCACUCACCAGAGUGAUGUUUCUUUUAAAAAAAGGGAUUACAAUACGCAUAACAGAAUAGGAAAAGGGGCGUCGUUCACAGAACUCAAGGAGAACUCUGCUGCUCAAGAUAUCACAGACAACAAUAACCAGAAACGUGGGAAAAGGGAAAACCAAAUACACAGUUCUGAAAGUUUUUGUGAUAGGAAGCCACGAACAAUAAGUAGUGAAACCUUUACAUUAAAAAGUGAGCAACAUUUUGGUGUGAAUAAUGAUUAUCAGAAUCCUGCUAAAACUGAUAAUUUUAAUGCUAUACCAAAUGGAGAUACUGAGCACCAUCAGAAGGGAAGACGAGUAGGACCUAUCAAAUCAUCAGGACCCACUACGAUUCCAUCUUUUGAUGAAAAAAUGUUGUAUUAUAACACUGGACCCAAAAGGAGAUCUGGGCCCAUCAAACCAGAGAAAAUACUAGAACCAUCGAUUCAUGUGGAUUCUGGAAAAAGCUGGAGACCAGGGGAUGAGUGUUUUGCUCUUUAUUGGGAAGACAACAAGUUCUACCGGGCAGAAAUUGAAGCUCUCCAUUCUUCUGGGACAACUGCAGUUGUUAAGUUCUGUGACUACGGAAAUUAUGAAGAGGUGCUUCUCAGCAACAUCAGGCCCGUUCAUGCAGACACAUGGGAGGAGGAUGAAGAAACAUAUGAACAAACUCUAGAGUUCCGCAGAGGAGGUGAUGGUCAGCCAAGACGGUCCACACGACCUACUCAACAAUUUUAUCAACCCCCAAGAGCUAGAAACUGAUUAAUAAGAAUUAAAAGUGAAUGUCUUGAAGACUGAAUGGCCUGUUCCUUUCUCUUAAAGAAGGUGGCAUUUCGGGUCAUCUCUGAAUAGCAUCAAAACCCAGAAAAUUUUCCUCAACUUAAGAACAUUGCAUUGCAAUCUUUUGGAGGAUGAAAGUAUUGUAGUGCCGUAUUCAGGAGCUGUAUCUGUGUGAUGUAGACUACCUUUCCCCUGCUAAAAUUGCUGUCUGAAUUUUGUGUGGAGUACAGUAUAACUGAACCCAUUUAGAGCA